AUGUCUCUCUUUCUCUCUCUAUUCCCCAUCGCGCACCGGUGCGGGUUCCCCGGGUUUCACGAGGAGUGGAAGGGGAGGGACAAGCACGGCAACCCAGGCCGGCCACUCCUCGACUGCGCGCUAGCUUCGGAGCGCCUGCAUACAGUCCUCACCGAGCGAUUUCCGGACCUCAUGCGCGAGUUUGACCAUGUCGGGUUAGGGAGGGAGGCAAAGUUUGGUCCGAUUCGGGUUGAGACUGUGCAUGGGGGGAAGCCUGGGUUGCAAGUGAGGGCGGUGUCGUGCGUUGUUUUGACGGAUAGUCAGAAGAGUGGGAAUCGGAGGCCUAAGCAGGAGCAUAUUGAUACUCUCAGGGAGUUUUUUGGGAUUGGGAAGGAGGAGGAGGGAAAGUUCGAACCGUAUGGGGGACCGGAACCGCUGUGGUGGCUGGAUACCAUAUAUCCCAUUUGGACGUACUAUGAUUCGAGGUUGUAUGAGAUUGAGAAUCGGUGGUUGAAGGAGCGUUCGGCGUUCGACGUGUGGAUGCCGCAAUCCUCGAUACGAAGUUCGACGUCGACGCUGGGGUUGGACCUGAGGGGAUUCGGAAGACCAGGGAGCACGAGUGGGAGCAGUGCAGGGUCGACCUCGCAGCGGAGUUCGGUUAUGGUUACAACAUGCAAAGAAGAAAACGAGGAAGACGACGACGGGGAGGGGAGUCUGAAUGCGAGUUUGGCGGGGCUGGCGAUUGCGAUGAUGGAGCAUAAUAUGAUUAUGAGGGAUAAUAUUGAGCGGUUGGAGAAGAUAUUCAGUCAUUUUAAGAUGAGCACGCAGCAGUCUCAACAUCACCAGCAGCAGCGGUAGCUGCGCAUCGGCCUCGCUUCAUACACCCCGCCCUGUCGGCCCCGCCUUUCUAUCCCGCCCACACACCUCACAUAUGCUUCCCGCCCACUCUACACCCCGCCCAACCCUCUCGCCUAUCCAUCCCACCUAAUCCACCCACCUCACCUUAGAGCACACACUACUUCUUGCACGACCAUUAUGGAGGGCCUCUGUACCACUUUUCUUGUACUCUUGCUGUGUAACUUUAUUGAUUUCUGUACUGUAUGUUUGGAUAAUCUAUACCCCCGCCUAUCUCUAUACCCUCACA